AUGAUUUUUAAAUCAUUUUUGUUGGUAGCGUCCUUCGGUUUAAUAAACACAUAUAGUACAUGCGACCAGAGGAAGGCUAUCGGUACUUUGUAUAGAUGGAAACAAAUUGAUUACAGCUAUCCCAGUCCUGGACUUAGACAACAAGCCAUUCAGAAUGGAGAUUUUAAUCAGAUCAAUGUUAUACCACUGGGUGUGGAGAGAUGGAAGGAUCGUGUGUUUGUGAGUACACCAAGAUGGAAGAAGGGAGUUCCAGCUACUCUAUCCUCAAUCCCGGUUGAAGCAGUUGAGGAAUCACCACCUUUGAGACCCUAUCCCAGUUGGGAUUGGCAUACAGCUGAAAACUGUACCGGUUUUACUUCGGUGUUCAGAAUGAGUAUCGAUCACUGUGGUGUGAUGUGGGUACUGGAUUCCGGACAAGUGGAGGCCUUCGAAACACCGCGUCAAAUAUGUCCACCUACACUUUUUGCUAUAAGCCUAGACACUGACACCGUACUAGCCAGAUAUCCAAUACCCAGUGAAUUUGUAUUACAGAAUUCUCUUAUAACAAACAUAAUCGUCGAUUCGAGAGACGCUCAGUGUAGAGAUUUACACGUGUACAUAGCUGACGCCUGGCGAUUCGGUCUCAUUGUGUUUAGAGACGCCGACGCGUCCUUUUGGAGAUUCAGCCACUAUUCGUUCUACCCGGAACCCCUACUAUCGAACUACACACUACACGGCUUGAACUACCAAUGGUCGGACGGGCUGUUCGGAAUGUCACUUGGAAGGUAUCAUCUCGGCGAUCGAGACCUCUACUACCACGCCAUGUCGAGCUCACUGGAAUUCGUCGUCAAAACGUCCGUGAUCCGUGAUCCGUCGCGCGUUAAUAACGCGGUUGGCGAGUUCAGACUUCUAGGUGACAGUCGAGGUAUGAAGGGACAAGUUUCCGCCGCGGCUGUGGACCGCAACGGUAUCAUGUUCUUUAACCUUAUUUCGCUAGACAGUAUCGGGUGUUGGGACACACGUAAGGAUUACAAGCUUGAGAACUUGGAUAUUGUUGCACAGAACAACAAUACCUUAGUGUUCCCUAACGAUUUACGAUUAGACAAUGAAGUGCCUCAAGUGGCUUGGAUAAUUACCAACAGGCUGCCUCAAUAUCAAUUCAAUCUGAUCGAUCCAAAUGAAUAUAACUACAGAGUCAUGUAUCUAGAUCCUAGUUUAGCUAUCCAAAAUUCAGUGUGUAAACCGCUUUAA